UCAAAAUUAGAGCAUGAUAUAUUUUUUAAACGUAUAAACGAAACCGUUAAUGCGUAUUGCUGUGUUUCUCUUAAAAGAGAAUAAGACAGUGAAUAUCUGUGGAUAUAUAAAACCAAAUUAUAGAUAACUACACAUCCGUAUUUUGUAUUACGGUGCGUCAUAUUUCAAUGAGGGAUUUAUUGAGAAAUUUCUCACCGGAAUUUGCUACAAAUUAUCUUUGCUAGCUCGACAACGUCUCUCGUCAUUUUGAGGAAGUUCAUUUACGAUGUUGUUGCGUAAAUAGAUUACAGGGAAAAGUUAUUGAGCGCUACUGUGUUGGAGGACACCUGCCCUGUUACAGGAUGUUACUUAAAAUACUGCUGGGCUUCCUGUGUGGUGUGCACUCUGUGGUGACAGAGAACAACACGGCUGAGCAGGCUCCUCUGCCGCUGUUGCUGGUAUCAUUCGACGGUUUCCGAGCCGACUACCUGCAGAGGUUUCCCAUGCCAAACCUGAAGCUCCUGUAUAGCCAAGGGGUCCUGGUGGAGCAGCUCACAAACGUCUUCAUCACCAAGACGUUCCCUAACCACUACAGCCUGGUGACAGGGCUGUACGCUGAGUCUCAUGGUAUCCUGGCCAGUAACAUGUACGACCCCAUCAGCCGCAAGAGCUUCCACGCUGGCAACGACACCGACCCGAUGUGGUGGAACGAGGCGCGGCCCCUCUGGGUCUCGGCCCUGGACUCCGGCUACAAGACAGCAGCCAUGAUGUGGCCCGGCUCCGAAGUGACCAUCAGCAACCACACGGCGACACACUUCUUUCACUACAACCCGAAUGUGACGUUCGAGCAACGAUUGGGGAACGUGACAAGCUGGAUGUUGGGAAACGGGACGGAGCAAGGAGUGAUGUUUGCAGCUCUCUACUGGGAGGAACCUGACCGGUCAGGUCACAUAUUCGGCCCUGACAACACCACUGCUAUGGCCAAAGUUCUGAAGGAGGUUGAUGACAACAUCGGCCUGCUGGUGUCUGAGCUGAAGCGGACAGGCCUCUGGGGUCACAUUAACGUCUUGGUAACCAGUGACCACGGCAUGGCUCAGUGCUCGGCAGAGCGUCUUAUACAGCUGGACACCUGCCUCCACCCCGACAACUACACACUGGUGGACCUCUCACCCGUCACAGCCCUCAUCCCAAAGAAAGACCCAGAUACCGUCUUUGCCCUGCUGAAAAAGUGCCACGCCCACAUGACGGCAUAUUUGAAGAAGGCCAUUCCUGAUAGGCUGCACUACCGGAACAACCAGCGCAUCCAGCCAAUCAUUCUGAUUGCUGACGAGGGCUGGACCAUAGUGCGGCAAGGAAACAAGCUGCCGAGAUUGGGUGAUCACGGCUAUGACAACUCCUUACCCAGCAUGCACCCCUUCCUGGCAGCGGUGGGGCCCAGCUUCCGUCAGGGCUAUCGAAUGAGCAGUUUACAGAGCGUGGACAUUUACCCGCUAAUGUGCCACCUGUUGUCGGUACCCCAGCAGCCCAACAACGGUACCCUUACCAAGGCUCGAUGCCUGCUGGCUGCUGAGACCUGCUGGGAUGUCCCACUGGUGGUUGGCCUGGUGGUGGGCGUCCUACUGGUACUCACUACAAUUACUGUUCUAUUCAGGUACCUGAGCCAGCGCCGCCCGUCAGGCCCCCGGCCCUUUCAGAGGCUGCAGGUUGACUAUGACGACGAUGACGACGACCCUUUGUUGGAGUAAAUCAGUCAGAGCCGGUCAUCACACACUAAUCUGUGUCACCUGUUCAUACUCCAAUAGGUACUUGACAUAUUGCACUUUACUCACUGAGGCCGUUGGCCAAGCUUUCACUCCGGCAUGUCUGUAUGUGUGUGUUCAUGUGCACACACACAUGCUGUUUUAAAAGCCUUUAGGUCUACUGACACAUGAUUCUUCUGCUGUGGAUUUGUACACUGGUAUAAAAAACAGAUGUAAGAAAUGGUAAAUACUAUAGUUUUCAUUAACUCUCCAUAAUGUUACUGUUGUUAAAAAUCCUGUUACCAGAGAUGACUUGAACAUAAAACAAGAAGCCAGUGAAGUUUUGUUGCACAAUAAAAUUAGUUUCUGAGGAGAUAUUGAAGACUUUUUUGGUGAAAAGAUGAUCACAUUGAGAUUAUAAUUUUAUUCUGGGAGAUUAAAAAAGAGACUUUUGUUUAAUAUACUGAUUUAAGAGAUUUAUUUUAUGUCGCUUUAGGAAUUUUGUUUCUAGAUGUGUUUGUAUUUUUUGUAUUUGUUGUGUUACUUUUUGCCAGCAGAGGGCGCCAAUAGCUUAUUUAAGAUUUAUAUUGCAUCUCACUGAGAUCCUGUUUCAUGAAGAGGAAAGCUUUUAUGUUUUUUAGCUUUAAUGAACUUUAUUGUUCAGAUUACUAUAUCUACUCUGUGUACUGUUACUGUUUAGGUUUAUUUGUUGCACUGAUACCUGAGUCUGACAUCAUCUAAAUAAUGCUUUAAUUUCCCCAUUUUAUCCAUAUUCAUAUUCAUAUUAUAUUCAUCCAUAAAAAUUUACAUUUGAAAUUGGAAUUUAUACAUUUUUAAUAUUAAAUUAUAUCAUAAAAGGUAAUAAAGACUAUAAAUGUUACAGUAAGAGGAAAUGGUGUUUUGGAGAUUUCUAUGCAAAUUGUUCACUAAAUGUAGUUGUCCCAGGUGUUCAUUCUGUUCUCAUAGUAUGUAUAUGAAUUAUACCAAAGACAGUUCAUUUGUCCAAAGACGUAUUCACCAUCUGAAAAAGAGACAUUCUUAAAGUGGGAUUUUGUCUCUCAAUGAAAGGGAACUAAAGCAAAAUAAUAGUUAUUAUCAGUAUCAGGUAGGAUAGUUACACACUGGAACACCUAAAUUUUAGAAAUAUUACAAGAUCAGAUUCAGGUCGUGAUUUUUAAUGUUCCAAACUUGGAAAAAGCAUUUCGGAGUCCAUUUUUAUUCACUGAAAUUUGGGCUUUUUUUAUGCUACAGGUUUUGCUCAAGGUUAUAUUGAUAUGACAGCCGGGUGUUUUUCAGGGAUCAGGUCUGUUGAUGUGCUGCUGAAGUAGUGAGUAGUUGACUGUGAGAGUGUAAAGGAUACGUCUGGUUAUAUUCUAUAUGUUUCUUACUGUCAACGAAUCCCAUGAAACAGGCAAAACUAACAAUGAAAGAAUCUACUAACAGUUAUUGUCGGUGUAGUGAAAAUAUCUUACACCUCUGUGCCAUAGAGCUCAGUUGUCUAUUUAUAACCAUUAAAACACAUCGAUCUGUCACACCGCUGCUCUUGAUGACAUGUUCCUUCAUGACCAUAAACACAUACACUAGAUUAUUCUGACUCAAGUUAACAUGCACUGUCCUGCUGCAAAAUAUUCACUAGAACACCCAAAUAUGUACUAAUCCGCAGCUGAAGAUAGUCCCCAACAAAUUCAGUUUACUCCUGUUUGAGUCAUGUUUGCUAAAAACUAAAGUGCCAAGCAGCUUUAGGUAAUGACUGAGCCUUUUUUUUUUUUUUUUUUUUUUUUA